GAGAAGGAGGGGGAUUCCUCCAGUCGUUUUUCUACUAGUACAGUGGAGAGAAAGUGAGAGGGUGAUAGUCAAAGAGCUAAACAGCCUGAUAAGGAGCGAAGCCAGUGAGCCAAAGAAGCAAAGAAUGGGGCUAAAGUAGGGAACAGAGGAGAAAGAGGAAGAAGAGUUCAUGAUUGUGAACUAGAAUAUUGUAGCUCACAGGAGAGGAGAGCAAGGAAAGACAGACACGUUCCCUACAAUGGAGAGCCUUCCCAAAGAGUCACCGGAGGAUGCCAAGAAACAGAGCUUCUGGAUGCCAGGGAAUUAUGUGCGUACAGUGCACCGAACAGAACAAUCCUUCCAGGCCUGCAACGACAUUGUAGCCUGUUUCACAGAGAGAGCAAAGGUAGAAAAACAGUACGCCCAGCAGCUCAGCCAGUGGAGCAGCAAGUGGAAGUCCAUAGUGGAAUCUCGGCCACUUUAUGGCUCCCUCAUGAGGGCAUGGCAAUGUUUCUUCACCUCCACCGAGCGUUUGUCCGCCCUCCACUCCUCCAUCUCUCAGUCCCUCAUGGUGGAGGAAGGCGGCCGUGUGAAAACCUGGCAGAAGGAGAUCUUUCCGAAGAAAAUCUUUUGUGGGUUCAAGGAGAGCCACAACAACAACACAAGUUUUUCUCGUGCGCAGAAACCUUGGUCCAAAAAGCUGAUGAAGCUGGAGAAGACCCGUGUUGCAUAUCACAAGUCCUGUCAAAGGGAGCAAACAGCCCUCGACAAAGAAAAACAAGCUAACGAAAACUCUGAGAUGAGUCCAGAGAAAAAGCAGAAAAUCACAGAGGCCAGAGAGAAGGUCACAGAGGAGAAAGAAAAGAUUAGAGACCGCUAUGAGAAACUGCUGGAGGAUGUGUCGUCCUAUACACCUCGCUACAUGGAGGAGAUGGAAGCCAUUUUUGAAGAGUCGCAGGAGGAGGAGAGGAAGAGGAUCAGCUUUCUGAAGCAGGCCUUCCUCUCCAUCCACAGACAUCUUGAUAUCACCAACAAUGAGAGUGUGAAGGCGGUGUACAGUGAGCUCCACCACACUCUGAUGUCCAUCGAUGAGCAAGAUGAUCUUAAGUGGUGGAAGAACAACCAUGGUCCUGGCAUGCCCACCGACUGGCCGAAGAUUAAUGAAUGGGUCCCACCAAUAAAAAAGCUAAAUAGAAAAAAAAGAGACCAGAAGAUAAAAAAAGAGAAUCGACCUGUGAUGAUUGGGGGUGUGAAGGUGCGAGCUAUGUAUGACUACGUGGGAGAGGAGGGCGAUGAGCUGUCCUUUAAAGCAGGUGAAGUGUUCCUGAAGGUUGAGGAGGAGGAUGACCAGGGUUGGUGUCGAGGAGUCCUGAGCGGAGGCAAAGAGGGCUUCUACCCAGCAAAUUACGUUGGAGUUGCAGAGUGAAGUCAUAAUGUCUAAUUGACUUUUGUCCUAAACAUCCAUUUCUUACAAAGAGUUAGUUACAAAUCUUCCAAAAAUAACAAAUAUUGUUAUAUAGUAUAGUUUGUAACACAGAUAUAAUCUGUUACCAGCCACUUUGAAAUGUACAAUUUGUUACGGUUUUUAAUAUUCUAAACUACUUUGGUUUGAGUGCUUCUGCAAUAUGAAUUAUCUAAGACUAAAUGUACAGUUUGUACAGGAGCUGUAUGUGUACGAGUGUGUUUGCAUGCGUGUGUGCACGUUAAGAUGAAACAAAAGAGAACAAGAGAGGAUAUUUAUUUACUGCCAACAUGUCUGAGUCAUUAGGUCAUUAAAAUGAAGACAGCUGAUAAUGAAACAUGGGUUUGACCCAUGCACAGGUUACAAUGAGGGAGCACACAAGGUUAAUGUUUACUUAAUAAGUAUUACGUAGAGACACAUAGAGUUACUUUGACUGAGGGAAUUGAUUUUCAAAAUAAAAGUGUAAUUGUUUUCCUCUAA